AUGAGUAAUAAAGGAAAAGGUAAAGCAAAAGAUGUUUCGGAAAAUAAAGCAGGGGCCUCUGCUAUAGAUGAAGAUCUGUUACCUUGGGUGGAAAAGUACAGACCUGCAACGUUGGAAGAUUUAGUAUCACACAAGGAUAUCACCUCUACAAUCGAACGAUUUAUCGAAAAGAAUCGAUUACCCCAUUUACUCUUUUAUGGACCACCGGGAACGGGUAAAACUUCAACCAUUCUUGCAAUGGCACGCAAGAUUUAUGGAACAAGUUUCAGAAAUAACGUUUUGGAGUUGAAUGCUUCGGAUGAUCGUGGUAUCGAAGUAGUACGUGAACAAAUCAAAAGUUUUGCCAGUACAAGAAACGUUUUCAGCAAUCAAGGUGGUUUCAAAUUGAUCGUCCUUGAUGAAGCUGAUGCAAUGACGACAGCUGCUCAAGGAGCAUUAAGAAGGGUGAUCGAACAAUAUACACGCAACGUUCGAUUUUGCAUCAUUUGCAAUUACGUCAAUAAAAUCAUUCCUGCCAUUCAAUCACGUUGUACAAAGUUCCGCUUCAAUCCACUAGAAUUGGAUCAAGUCGAAGGAAGAUUACAGGUCGUGAUCGAUCAGGAAAAGUGUAAUUUGACACAAGACGGAAAGACUGCAUUGAUCAAGCUGUCCCGUGGUGAUAUGCGAAGGGCAUUGAACAUCUUACAGGCAUGCCAUGCAGCCUAUGAUCGUAUUGAUGAAACGGCAGUAUACAAUUGUACAGGGAACCCACAUCCGGCAGAUAUCGAAAAGAUUGUCGAGACGAUGAUGCAAGCAGAAUUUACAACUGCAUAUAAACAUGUUAGCGAACUCAAAACCUCAAAAGGGAUGGCAUUGGCAGAUUUGGUGACGGGAAUCUUUGAUUGCUUGGCAACGUACAAAUUACCACCGCAAAGCAGGAUUUAUCUGCUAGAUCAACUGGCUCAGAUCGAACACCGUCUCAGUACUGGAGCCUCAGAGAAGAUUCAAUUAUCUGCACUACUGGGCGGUGUCAAGAUUGCCCUUCAACUGUCAAAGAAGUAG